AUGGCCAGCGAUAUGAUUGAAGGCGAGCUGAACGUGUUAACAAUGUCCAACGAUCAGAUCGUGAAUCUAAUUUCUCCAACCCAUCUUCCUGCUGAAGAAAAAUUUGAUGCCGGCUCUCUUUUCGUGGUCGUCAAAAACAUUCUUAUUCGCGUAACCGAUAUUGCUCGCCGUGUUUGUUGGGGACGGGAACACCUAGAGAAACCGGAGGAAAAGGCUCUGUCAAGAGCCAGCUUCGAUCCACUUCUAUGCACACUACUCAAGCAAGUUUCCUAUGAGAUGGCAUGCAAGGCUCCAGGUGUGGAAAUUGCACACAAAACAACAAUGUCAAUACUUGAUAAACUCUCAAGCUACUCAUGGAAUGCUAAGGCAGUGCUGACACUUGCGGCAUUUGCUUUGGAUUAUGAGGAUAUAAUAUUAUUGGCUCUUGCCCAGCUUCACUCAUCACACCAACUCGUCCAAUCAGUGGAACAUAUACCAGCUGGUAUGCUCAAAUACAACAGGGUUAGCGAACUUAACGGAAUUAUCUAUUACACAUUGACCAUCAUGGAGCCCAUCUUUGAGUUGAAGAAGCUAUCUACUAUUAACAAGGAUAUAAAUCAUGAUGAAGCAGCAUAUGUCUACUGGAUUAUCAUUACCAUUGUAGCUUGUAUACCUCAUAUGCGUUGCCUCACUAGCGAUGAGGACAAGACACAGGAUUCAUUGCCCUUGGACCCGACAAUCAGUGAUCAAACCCUCGUCCACUUAAUGAGUAGGAUGAGAAUUAGCCGAUUACAAACAGAGGAAAAGAAGGCAGGAAGGAAACUGAAGGAAUUUUUACAAACACCUGACGAAAUCUUGGAGGUUUUCAAGGAGCUGAUUUUCGCUAGGAAUGAUGUGCAGCCUCUUAUUGAUGGUUUGACCAAUGAAAUGGUUAGCAUCGAUGUGCUGAAAAAGAAGAAUGUUCUAUUGUUCAUUUCAAGCCUAAACAUCUCUAAUGAUGAUAUCUCAAUUUUGAUGUUAAUUUAUGAUGGAAUAAGGGAGAAGAGGGACCAAUACAAAAUUGUAUGGAUCCCAAUUGUGGAACAAUGGACCGAUGACCUACGAAAGAAGUUUGAGAUGUUGCGGUCUAAGAUGCCAUGGUACAUAGUGCAAUACUUUUCACCAGUAACAGGCAUCAAGUUCAUUGAGGAGGAGUGGCACUUUGAGAAUAUGAUUAGGCAAGUGGAUUUCACAUGGACUUUCUCACAAUGUAUUACCAAAAUUCUUAGUUGGAUUAGGCUAGUAGGUCCCAUAUGGCACGCCCAAAUUACUAGCAAUUCGGAGAGUAAAUUGCCAGAAAUCUCAAUCCGAGAGAAUAAACCUAUUGUCGUAGUGAUGAACCCCCAAGGGGAUGUUGUAAACGAAAAUGCAUUCAACAUGAUUCAAGAACGUGGAAUGGAGGCCUUCCCUUUCUCUCGGUGGAUUCCUGAAUUUCGCAUGGCUUAUCUUCAAUCGUGCUACAUGACACCACCUGGACCUUACGCGAUUGAAGAGUACACUUUCCUCUGUGGAGGCAAGAACAACAUAUGGAUCAAACAAUUUUCCAAGAAAGUAAAUGUUGUGGCUGAGGAUCCAGUCAUAAAGGAAGCAUACAUUUCCAUAGAAUUGUCUUGCAAUGGAAAAAGCCACAAACAACAACCUUUUUGGAAACGCACCAAGACUCCGAAGAAGACUGAAUCUGACCUUGGGAACCAAGAAAUUCAAAAGUUAUUGCAUUCCUUCAAGAAUGAGAGUAGAUGGGCAGUGUUGACCAAAUGGUCUACAAGAGUAGUCAGUGAUCAUGGGACAACAAUUCUAAAGGUUUUGGAGGCAUUUGAAGAGUGGAAGGUGAAUGUCCCUAAGAAAGGCUUCGAGAUUUGCUUCAAAGAGUACCAUGAAAAGUUUCUUCAUAGACAUCAUGGAAUUCAUCCAUAAAAGAGAGCUCCCUCUCAAUACUGUUUUUCUGUACCAGGCCCAAUAAUCUCUCCUUCUCACUCUCUAGUUUAUACCAUUCUCUAUUGCGUAUAUGUUUGUAGUGAUUCAACGUAGACCCUUCCGCUUUUGAUAAAGCUUAAUAAAGUACGUUGAUAUGGAUUGUAGUA